AUGAAGUUUAGAGAUCUUUUAAAUGAUCAUAUUAUUAGUCAUUGGAGAGAUAAAUAUAUUGAUUAUGAAUAUUUAAAGGAUUUAAUAGAUAGAGAAUAUCAUAAUGCACCAAAUUCAUUAAAUAAUAGUAUGAUGAUUGAUAUGUCACAAUCAAUCAAUAAUACAAUCGCCGAACAAUAUAGUGUCAAUGAUAUUUCAUCAAUGGUAACCAAAGGUGGUAUAAAUGAUUCACCAACUACAGAUAUUGAAGUGGAUGAAACUGCAGAUAGUCCAGCUAUACCUUCACCAAUUAUAAGUCACAGUAAUAUUAAUAGUAAUAAUAAUAAUAAUGGUGGAACAAAUAGUGUUGGAUUUUCUCAUCUUCAUAGACAAUUAAAUAGACAAAAUAGCAAUCUUAAAAAUAGUAGUAAUAGUAUUAAUUUACUUAAAGCCGAUGAUUCAAAUAAUAUUGAAAAACAUGUAAAAUCAUAUUUUGAUCAAAGAAAUAAUAACAACAAUAUUAAUAACAUCAAUAACAAUAAUAAUAAUAAUAGUAAUAAUAGUAAUAAUAGUAAUAAUAAUAAAACAAUUAAAAAUACAAGAAAUAUUAUAGCAGAUGAUGAUGGUGGUAAUGAAGAUACUACACUUGGAUCACCAUUUAGUUCACCAUCAAUUGGAUCACCACCAAUGUCAUCACCAUCACCAAAGAUGUUAAAACAAGAAUUACAUUCACCAUUGUUAACAUCAGAAAAGGAUGAAGAUGAAGAGGAAGAAGGAGAAGAAGAAGAAGAUAUUGAAAUGGAGCAAUUGGAAUUGGAUGAUCAUGAUAAAAAUACAACUAUCAAUAUGACAGCCAAUGGUAGUAGAGGAAAUUUACGUAAAGGAAUGAAUCAAUUUGUUAAAACAAUACCGCAAAAUAUAAAACAAUUAAAUAGUCAAAUUAGUAAUUCAUUUUUAAAAUUUGGUGGUAUGGUUAAAGGCGAUAAAAGUAAUGAUAAAAAUAAUGAUAAAAGCAAUGAUAAAAAUAAUAAUAAAAAUAAUAAAAAUAAUAAUAAUAAUAAUAAUUUAAAUGAUGAAGAUAAUUUUGAUAUGAUGACAUCACAAAUUGAAAAAGUAUUAAAUAAUAAAGAUAAUAUGAAAUUAAUGGAAAGUUGUACAUUUACAACUAAAGAGAAUUUUCAAACAGCAUUUGUUGAUCAAGUUAAUAAGGUUGAUUCAUUUUUUGUUGAAAGAUAUAGAAAGACCAAAGAGAAAUGUGUUGAACUUUGUAAUAUGAUUCCAUUUUUAUCAACAAAUGAACAAUUGAGAACAAUUAGAAAUAUUGAAUUUGUAAAACAAGGAUUUCAAGACAAUUAUCAUUAUUUAGAAUCAUUGGAAGCAUUUAAAGAAUUGAAUAUUAAAGGUUUUAAAAAGGUAUUGGAAAAGUAUGAAAAAAAGAAUCGUAUAAUUUCAUCAGAAUGUAGAAAAUAUUUAGAGAAUACUAGAAUCUUUGAAAAUGAUAGUCCAGUUAGAUUUUUAUCACAUAGAAUUAAACAUUUGUAUGCACGUUAUUUCACUGGUAAUGAUGUAAAGUUGGCAUCCAAUCAAAUUAAAACCUAUGCAGAGGAUGAACGUUUUCAAAAGUAUAAUCUAUUCACAAUUGGUUUACUAAUUGGUGUUUGCAUUGUGUUGGGAAUUCAAGUUGUAUUCAAUUACUAUUACUAUUAUCCACACGAACAACCACCAAUCGAUUCACCAUUGGCAUGGUUAUUAUUCCGUAUUUCACUGCUACCCAUUCUAUUGGGUACAAUGUUUUCAUUGAUGUCGUUUAUUUGGGAAAAGAGUGGUAUAAAUUAUGUAUUCAUAUUCGAGUUUAAACCUGACCAUAAGAGAUCGCCUGGACGUUAUUUAAAGUAUGGUUUAAUUUUCAAUACACUUUGGCUGUUGGCGUUAAAUCUCUAUAUAGAUUCAUCAUCUCAUCAAAAUACAACAAGAUACUUGAUUCUAAUUCCAAUAGUUUUCGUAUUGAUCACUUUGAUCAUCGGUAUUCAACCAUUUCCAAUAAUGGCACAUCGUACUCGUUUUUGGGUUUUGAAGAAGAUCGUCAAGGUAGUUUCAGCUCCAUGGGUGCCUGUAAGAUUUCCAGAUUUCUUUAUGAGUGUUCAGUUGCUAAGUCUUGGUGAAUUCCUUUUCAAUAUUCAAUCAAUGGUUUGUGUUUUCAACUAUAGUGCAUUGGAUCCUGAAGAGGUGAAAUUUUGUUCACAAUCCCGUUUCUUUGCUUUACCAGUUUUAAAUGCCUUACCAUAUUGGUGGCGUGUUGCUCAAUGUUUUAGACGUUAUUAUGAAACUCGUCAAUUCUUUCCACAUAUUACAAGUGCAAUUCGUUCAAUCUUUUCAAUUAUUGCAUUGGUUUUAAAUUAUAUUGCAUUGGAAUAUUCUCAACAUGAUUGGAGUAUUAUCAAGAUAGCUUGGUUUGGUAUUAAUGUGGUUGGUAGCUUUUAUAAAUUCUAUGCCGAUAUGUCUGUAGAUUGGGGUUUCUUUAAUAAUUAUAAAACCAAUCCUGCUUGGCCAUUAAGAGAGAAAUUGGUUUUCAAAAAAAAAUGGAUCUAUUAUGUUGCAAUCACUUUGGAUUUCUUUUUAAGAUUCACUUGGUUAAUCAUUUUCUCAAUUAGAAAAGGCUCAAAACAUAGACUUGACAAUCCACUCUUUUUAUUCUUUUUCUCUCUAACUGAAGUGGUUUGGGCAACACAAUUCAUUUUCUUCCGUGUUGAAUCUGAACAUGUUCAAUCUCCAGAUACCUAUAGUUCUUUCCAAGAUAUUCCAAUUCCAUUCUCUCAAGAAUAUAAUAAUUAUAUGGAUGAAAAGAAAAAAAGAAGAAAAAGAAAACAAAAACAAUCAAAAAGCAAUAAUAACAACAACAAUAAUAAUAAUAAUAAUAAUAAUAAUAAUAAUCGUCUUCAUCAUAAUGAUAGUAGUAAUAAUGUUGAAACUGAUGAAACUAUUACUUCUUCAAAUAAUACUGAUAGUAGUCAUCAAAAACAACCUCUAACUCAUAAUCGUCAUCAUAAUCAUAAUCAUAAUCAUCAAGAUCAUCAUGAUCUUUCUAUUAAUGAUCAUAUGAAUCCUGAUACUGGUGAUAUUAAUUUCGAUUCAAAAAUCGAUUAUAAAGAUGAUGAAGCUUAUAAUUUAAGACAAUCAUCACUACGUACUUCAAUUUCUCGUAAUGCUUCCCAUGUAGAUUUAGGUCGUGUUUCUUCUCAUAAUGAUUUAAAUAUAAGUAGAGGUUAA